AUGAGUCAGGAGCCUCAGAGAGGCAACAGCUUCGUUGACAGCAUGCUUUCCAUAUUCGACUCAAAUAAUGACGGAUUUUUAACCAAAGUCGAGGCUAGGAAGGCCGCCUCGCAAUUUGACAUCGGAUCUCGUGAGCUCAAAGGAGCUUUGAACACAAUUGGGAUUGAUAAAAAGGAGGACAAUAUUCCCCUUGAUUCAAUGAGUGAACAGAUUAAACGCAUUUGUGUGGAAAAAUUUAAGAAAACUGCAUUCAAACACUUCUUCAGCUAUAUGGAUUCGGACAAGUCCGGAACAAUUUCAUUGGAUGAGGUUUUGUCAGCGAUUCAAGCCUUCAAUAUGCCGGCUUCAAUUAGUCUUGCGAGGCAAAUCUUCGAUUCUGUGGACUCAAACAAGGACGGCGAAAUAGAUCUCAAAGAAUUUCUAGCGUUCCUCGCCUCCGUCAAGGAUACAUGUUAG